CAUCACAGCCGUUUUCUCAGCCAGCCGAGGAGAGCCGCGGCCAGUGUGUGGCAGCUGGGAAUGUGUGUAACGCUGAGAGGGCUUCAUAUAGACCGCUAUUUUCGGGACUGGGAAGAGUAGUGGGACUGGCCAAGAGGAGAGCCUCAGCCCACGGGUCGAGUGUGGUCAGCACCUCGGCUUAUUUUUGAUUGCGGAGCGGCAGCCAGCGUUUUCUGACCGGGUGGUAGCGGCUCCUUACCCGCAUCAGAUGGACAGGGGACAGCCGCUGGUUCACUGCGGGGCUUCACGCUAGAGGGACCCGGCCGGAGCAGCGUCUUUCAACCCCCCCGGUGUGUGCACGGACAGCCCCGCCACAGUCGUCUCUCCUGCGUGGUGAACCCGGCCAAAGAUGCAGUGAGUCUGCCCCCUCUAAGUCAGUGUAGUCUUAAUGUUUCCUGGCGUGAAGCGCUCGGGUAAAUGUGCUUAUCCCACCGCCACCGACCCACUCACGCCGACGACGAUGGACUGAGAUCUGCGGGGGCGAAAGAGAAACAACCUGCCGCGAUUUCCUGCCUGUAAUAAAUGAUAGAGGAUACGAUGACACUGCUGUCUCUGCUAGGUCGGAUCAUGCGUUAUUUUCUGCUCAGACCGGAGACCCUGUUCCUGCUGUGCAUCAGCCUGGCUCUGUGGAGUUACUUCUUCCACACGGACGAGGUGAAGACCAUCGUCAAGUCCAGCCGGGAUGCGGUCAAGAUGGUCAAGGGGAAAGUGGCGGAGAUUAUGCAGAAUGAGCGGUUCGGGGGACUGGACGUCCUGGACGCGGAGUUCUCCAAGACCUGGGAGUUCAAGAGCAACAAUGUCGCCGUGUACUCCAUCCAAGGCCGGCGGGACCACAUGGAGGACAGGUUCGAGGUCCUCACCGACAUCGUCAACAAAACUCACCCAUCCAUAUUUGGGAUUUUCGACGGCCACGGGGGAGAGGCGGCUGCUGACUUUGCCAAGGCCCACUUGCCCGAGGCUCUUCGCCAGCAGCUACUGACCUAUGAACGGGAGAAAGAGAGAGAAAAAGAAAAAGACAAGGAGAAGGAUGAGAAAAAGGAGUCGAGUGGCCUGUCCUAUCCGUCCAUCCUGGAGCAGCAGAUUCUCGCUGUCGACCGAGAAAUGCUGGACAAGCUGUCGGCCACAUACAACGAAGCAGGUACGACAUGUCUGGUGGCCCUGCUGUCUGACAAGGAGCUGACGGUGGCCAACGUUGGAGACUCACGCGGAGUUCUUUGUGAUAAAGAUGGCAACGCCAUUCCUCUGUCACAUGACCACAAGCCUUACCAGCUCAAAGAACGCAAGAGGAUCAAGAAGGCUGGUGGAUUCAUCAGUUUCAAUGGCUCAUGGCGUGUGCAGGGCAUCUUGGCCAUGUCCCGUUCUCUGGGCGAUUACCCCCUGAAGAACCUCAACGUGGUCAUCCCUGACCCUGACAUCAUGUCCUUUGACCUGGACAAGCUGCAGCCGGAGUUCAUGAUCCUGGCAUCAGAUGGCCUGUGGGACGCCUUCAGCAACGAAGAGGCGGUCCGCUUCAUCAAGGAGCGACUGGAUGAGCCCCAUUUUGGUGCCAAGAGCAUCGUCCUCCAGUCGUUCUACCGCGGUUGCCCUGACAACAUCACGGUCAUGGUGGUCAAGUUUAAAGGCAAGGCCAGCGAGCAGUAGACCGCUCAUCACUGGUCUAUCACAUAUCUAUACUAUGUUUGAAUAUAUGUAUGUAUAAGAUAGGCUUAAGAUGAGAAAAAUAAAAGAAAACGAACCCGCAACUUUUGGAGCGAGAACUAUUUCUAUCAAAGAAAUUUACAGAAAUUAGCCAUUCAGUGCGUCACCAAACCACCACUUUGUCUCUCUGUCUCUCACUUUUACUGUUGUGAACAUAAUGUGUAAGAAAAUGUCUUUUCAUUUAGACGUAGCCAUAUCUUUCAAAUACCAUAGUGUGAGCUGGGUCACAGCAAAUAAGUCAGAUUUAGCUUUGUGUAAGAGUGGAUCUGCUAAUGAGUGCGCACGCAUUUUGUGUGUGUGUGUGUGUGUGUGUGUGUGUGUGUGUGUGUGUGUGUGUGUGUGUGUGUGUGUGUGUGUGUGUGUGUGCAUGCAUGUGUAGACUGAGAUGAGAAAAAGUGAGAGAUACAGUCUGUCUUUGUGUUGAUCUUCUCCACAAUUUUCAAAUUCGACCUGAUUCAUUCUCUGACUAACUGAUACUGACUGACAAAUGAAAUUUACCCAAUAAAAGACAGCAUGGCGUUCCACCACCAUAUUAUUAAUAUUCAAAUGUUCAAAGUCACUCAAUAUUUAUGUGCCCACUAACAUUAGUUUAUUGUCUAUGACUUGCAUUGACUUUUACCAAAUGACUGCACUGAAAACUCAAUAGUUUAGUAUGUUGGGAUUAUUAUUAUUUUUAUUUUAUUUUUUUGGAUCAAACAUGUCAAUGGUGCAAAUCAUUAUUACAAAUUUAUUCCCUUUACACGUGAACAACUCAAAUGAUUUUUGUCCAAAUGUGACCAGUGUAAUUACAAAAGAAGUAAUCACAUCGUCAUAUCACAUUUGCUGACCCUGGGCAAUUUUGAUCUGAGAGUGAAAGGAACAUUUUGACUUCAGCUGCCCCAUCUUCUUUCUCAUGAUGUUCACCCUUCGCUCAAAAAGAUUGCUGAUAGCUUGUCUGCUGAGAAAUUCUCCUGUCUGUUUGGAUUGUAGACAAGACGUUGUCUUUGUAAAAGAGAUUCUCUCUGUGGUAAGGCUCUGUUCUGUCAUUCUAUUCAGCACUAAGCUAGUGUCGCAUCUGAUAAUUUGAAAAAUACUGAAUAAUGUAAUAACUUGUCAAAAUGUAAUAAUAUGGCACUCUACAUGGGAUAACAAAUUGUCAUCACAUUUUGACCUUAACUGGUGACUGUUACUUCAUAAGGGAUGUAACAUUUUAUCUGAUGUAAUGAUAUUGACUAAUAAUGUAACAACUUGUAUGGACAAAAGUAAUAGCUUGAGUUGUCACAUUAUUAGUUGAUAUUAUUAUGGCGUAAUAGUUGACAGUUAUGCAAUGUGAUGUCAUCACUGUCAACAUGUCACAGACUGAGAUGUUGACGUCUUUCAAAGGGACAUUUUACUACAUUUUGAUGAGAUAUUAAAUUAUCUGACUGAUUACAUUAUCAGUUGCUACGGUCCAUAUGCAUCAUUGAUAUUGCUGAUAUAUUGAAACAUACUGUCACAUUAUCAGCUGUUAAUGUUAUGACCCAGAAAUGUCCUACAGCCUGAUAUGUACACAUCACAUAUGUACAGUCUGAUUUUUCUUCCUCAAAUUUGUCACUCAAAAUGUAAUAAGAAACCUUUGAAUGAAAAAUGUAAUUGUUGCCUUAUAUUUGUAAAACUUCAUUUCCUGUUAUUAAGUCUGCUGCCAAAACUUAACUUCUUGGUUCUUAAUGUAAUGCAAAUGAACAUGCCAUGCACAUCGCACAACCUCAAUGUCAUACCGUGAUCACUCACAUGUAGGAUAGCCUCUUUAAAAGGAUGUCUCCACGAGACAUGAAAUUGUAAGAUGAAUGUACAUAUUGCCCACAUGUUAGUAUCAUCUUUUCAUUGUUAAUCCAGCAAUGAAUAAAGCAAUGCGCCUGUCCCUGGAAGAGGUAUUUUGUCCCUGGAAGAGGCAUUUACCAGAUAAAACUGUUUCUAUGUGCUUUUUCAGUUGUACAUUCUUCCCAAAUAAUGUAUGUUACAGAAUGUUUAUGUGGCGUUUGUACUUGUUUUUGCUGACUUUAAUAAAUUGUACAACAAAAAAAAGGCAAUUUUAAAAUGUAAAUCAAAAGGGUAACAUUAAAAUGACAAUGAUCAU